AUGGCCCAAAACUCGUCACAGGAACUGCGCGCAGCCUUCAAUUAUUACAUGAAACAGGCUUUUCGGCGCAAGCCAGAGGACUUUGAUAGAUUCUUUCCGGGAGAGAGUCCAGCGUCUCGAGCCAAGUUGGUUCACAUGUGGGACAAGUUUUCUGUCGCCAUCAGGGGCUGCAUGGAGGGAGCUUUCAGCCAAUAUUGUCGGGACAUGGGGACCGACGAUCACCUCCAGUUGAUGGAAUUGAUCAGUCCUGAGAAAGGGUUUACGGCCGCUGGGGUGAAAGAGGGCACUUCCGACAUCCUGCUCUCCAGUGCAUCCAUGGAUGCAAUAAUGGGAGCUGCCCGAGUGGCAGUUCUCAAGAGAAACUUGGCGGAGAUCGAGCAAAGGCGCAAUCAAAUCAUGGAGUGUCACCAGCGACUUUCUGACGAGCUGGAAGUCGAAGUGAGAAAUGGCAUAAGGGCGCAGACCAACAAAUUGAAGGACGUCCAGCAGUCCACUGAAAUUGUGGGAUCUCAUGCAGGGUACAAUGCUUCCAUGCCUGAAGCAGAAAAUCCGGGUCAUCCUGGUUUGUAUUGGGCCAUGGAUUAG